AUGGCCUUUAGUUACGACGAGGUUCUGGAGAGACUCUACGGAACAGGUCUGUACCAGAUCGUCCUCACCAUCUGCUGUUCACUCUCUUCGAUGAUGAUGUCCUACGAGUAUCAGUCAAUGAUCUUCAUGCACUAUACUCCCUCCUUCAGUUGUUCAGAUUCGCGAUUAAGAGACCUCUCCAGCAUUAGAUGGAUUUCUUCCUCGACCUUUGCUGCUCUCUUUAACGACCCUUCUGGUAUGGAUAGAGUUCCCGCAAAUGAUACCGUUGAAGAACAAUGCUGGGCCAUAGGACGACGCAAUGACACCAGCCAAUUGGAAUUGUUCGUUUGCUCAGAGUGGCACUUCGAUCAGUCAGUCAUGCGUCGAACUUUGCCUACGGACUUUACUCUGAUUUGCGGCCGUAAAGAUCUGAUCAAGUGGCUGUCUAGUAGCAUGUUUUUCUUUAUCGCUGUGGGACAUGCUAUCGCAGUCUUUACGGACAAAAUCAGUCGCCGGAAGUUGCUAAUCUUCUACGUGGUUGCUGAGAUCAUAGUUACCGGCACAACCCAAUUUGGUACCUACUUUGAAGUCAUUUUUAUGCUGCGAUUGGUGCGUAUGCUGACCAUGCCUCUAAACUAUGUGGCUUCUUGCAUUCUACAGGAGCUUUUGCCCACGCGAAAGCGGGGCCUCUUUGGCACUCUUUAUUGGAUGCCCUUCGUGCUUGGGUACGUAGGUUCGGCAGGUUUAGCCUACCUGACCCGAGACUGGUAUUGGUUUCGGAUCUACGGCCUGCCCCUCAUGAUCUCCUACAUCCCAAUAUUCUUCAUAAUGCCUGAGUCACUUAGGUGGCUGUCAGCUAAUGGCGAGUACGCAAAGUUUCGCGUUCUUUUAAGGAGGAUCGCACACUGGAACAAGGUGAGUCUGACCGAGGAUUUCGAGGAUGAAGCGGUUAAAUCGAUUAUCGGAUCUGAAACUCACAAUCAGUUCCCUAACAAUCGAGCCGACUUAGCCAAUGCGGACGACGAAUCAAAGGCGGUCUCUUUCGCCGUUACAGAUAAGAUAAGCGACAUUUCUGCUCUGCCAAACAUGCGCAAAAAAACUCUCAUUUUAUGCCUUCACAUGUCGACCGCGUGUCUUUCUUUCUAUGGUCUAUCUACGAGCCAAAAUUUUGCUAGCAACAAUAUUUUCCUGAAUGUGCUUUGCAUGGGUCUAGGUGAACUGCCCGCGCCGUUUAUCGGUUGGGCGAUGGCCCACUUCUUCUGUAGGCGGCUGUCAGUGACUAUUCUAGCCGUUAUCACGGCCACGGCUGUUUUGAUUGGCCCGGUGGUGAGGCCGCUGUCGGAUGUUGCUUGCGCCAUGGUUGUCUUUCUUGGGAAGGUGACCGCCUCCUGCAUGGUUGGCUUAGCCAUCCUCAUCGUGACGGAAAUAUACCCCACAACGAUACGUAACAUGGGCGUCUUCUUGACCAUGUCAUUCGGCUGCGCCGUAUCCUGUUUUGCCCCAGUCAUCAACUACACGGAUGCUAUCCAUUACUCUGUGCCGGGAGCCAUUUAUGCAAUCGUCAUUCUUUUGGGCGCGCUGUUAAUACUGGCCUUUAUACCUGAAACAAAACGGUGUCCACUUGCUCAGCGGCUUUACCAGGCAGAGAAACUGGUUCGCGGAAAGGAGGAGGAAUGGAUUGAAUUCAUGAGAAGAAAGUAA